GCCAAGAGCCACCGGACAAAAAACAUGAAAUUCCUGCUGAUCGCCUCUCUGAUGGUGUUGGCGGCCGCUCGGCCCCAGGAGGAGAUUGCCGAGGCUUCCCCGGUAAUCACUGAGGAGGCUGUCGACGUUAAUUCCGAUAUCAUCCGCAUGGAGUCUGUCCAGAACGAGGACGGCUCUUUCUCAUACGGUUUCGAGACCACGGAUCCAAUCGUGCAGGACGUGAGCGGCCAGAUCCAGCAGAUCGGCGACAACCCCGGCGUGGUCAUGACGGGCACCUACUCGUUCGUCGCCAAGGACGAAGAUGGCAACGACGUGCCAGUCACUAUCAACUGGACGGCUGGCCCGGGUGGCUUCCAGGCCACCGGCGACGCCAUCCCCCAGGCUCCUGAGGAUCCUAAUGCCGAGGCCCAGGCCCAGGCGUACGCGGCUGCUGGCGGAGUCCCUCAGCUGGCGGAGCCCGAGCAGGUUGUAGUCUAAAAAUUCUACUUCGGGAAUCCCAUGUUCCUGAAAUUCAUCAGCAAUUUGAAUCGGUUUGCCAUGAUUUUUGAAGAACGUCCUAAACCUACACCAUGUGGCAUAGUUCUCCAUGGUACUUGUCAUAUGCACUCACUGUUUGCUCUUGUGUUGUAUAUAUUUUAUGAUGGCAAUACACAAACGCAGCAAAUGGUAUGUGAUCAACGCCAUGAUAAUAUAUGCCACUGAAAACGA